GAUCAGUGUCAGACCGGCGGUCAGCGCGUUCGGUUAUCCUAGUUAAGAGUGUGUGUUUUCUUAUCGAUUCUUUAUUAUCCGAUUGACGAUUUGUAUAUAACGAAAAAAAAAAAAAAAAAAAAAAAAAAAGGAGGGAAAAAGAAUUUGUGCUUAAAAAUUUCACUGUGAAAUUUGGUACCAGUGACUUUCUUUCUCCCUUUCUCUCUUUCAUUUUUCCUACGCCUUUUUUAAAAGGGGACGGAACUAAGGCCGUAUAAGAGAUUUUCGAAGUGUAAAUAGCGGAUAAACGUUCGAAUUUUUCCGGACAUUAAGAAAUAAUGAUACGAGAGCAAGAAAGUCAAGGAAUGAACGAGGAGAAGGUGGUGACAGGAAAGUGGUACGAGUAGUGAAAGAGAUCAUGAAUAUCUAACGAAUUGAUAGGCUCUAUCUCCUUUCUUUUUUCUCUUUCUUUCAUUCUCUCUCUCUCUCUCUCUCUCUCUUUCUCUCUCUCUCUCUCUCUUUCUUGUUCUUAUAGGAAAACGUAGAAAAUUGAAGAAGGAGAAAGGAGGACGGGGAAAGGGAAGAAGAAGAAAAAGAUUGGAUUCUUGAAUGGGACACGGAGGCCAUUAGCGACAAAAAGAAAAGAAACGAAAAGAGAAGAAAAGUAUAAAAAAAAAAAAAAACAAAAAAACAAAAAAACAAAAAAAAGAAAAGAAAAAGAAAGAAUUGUCGAUGAAGAUCGAUGUACAAGUCGAUCGAUAAUAAAGUUCACUUAAAGAAUAAGAAGAAAAUAAAGAAGAAAGAGAAAAGAGAACACGCGAAGAUAGAAAAAAAAAAUUAGACGGAGAGAGAGAGAGAGAGAGAGUGAGAGGAGGGGGGGAGGAUAGUGAAGAAGACAUAGAUCAGAAAAGAAAAGAAAAAAAAAGAAAAAAAGAAAAAGAAAAGAAGAACGAGAAAAAUGGUAUUUCUAAUGUUUCCCAACAAUACGAAUAGAUUUUUAUUGAUUCGCUAAUGUCAGAGACGAUGAUGAAUAUUUUUUGGGAGAGAAAUUAACGAAAGUCUCGUUUAUUCAAAAAAAAAAAAAAAUAAUCAAACGAAAUCUUUUUGAAAAUUUAAAACGAUAAACCAGCCGUGAAUGGAUUGUUCAAUUCGUCGUCAUAUUUGUCCCCGUAGUCUGUCAUUUUAUUGACAGAUUUGAAGGAACAAAAAAAAAAGGGAAAAGAAAAAGGGGAAAGCGAAAAAGUCUUCUUAAAACUUUUGAAACAGAGUUUAAGCUUCUAAAUUGAUCGAUAAGAGUAUAAAAAAGAAAUCGAUAAGGGAAGCGCGCUCGCUCACUCGCUCGCACGCGCGCCCCCGCGCUCUCUCUCUCUCUCUCUCUCCCUCUCUCUCCCCCUCUCUCUCACUUUUCAGAGAUUGGAGGGACAGAGAGAAAGAAAGAAAGAAAGAAGGAGAGAGAGAGGAAAAAAAAGAAAGAAAGAAAGAAAGAAAGAAACAGAAAGAAAGAGAAAGAAAGAAAAAAAGAAAGAAAGAAAGAAAGAAAGAAAGAAUAUAGAGUGUGAAAAAGAGAGAUGGCGAAUCGAAUGAAGGCUCUGUAUAACCAGGUAAUAUUCGAAAGACGAAUUCUGCUCGGUUGUACAACCCUCGUGGGACUCUCAGCGUGCAUAUGGGCUGUAGCAAUAGGGACCGAUCAUUGGUUCACCGUCGAAGCACCAAAUGACGAAGGACUACCCUUGGGAGAUUCUGGAGCGAGCGGUAGAAGACUGAUUUACAAGCAUAUGGGUCUUUGGAGAGGUUGCGUCAGCGGUUUGAUACCAAAAAUGAAGAAUUCGAGCGAAUUGGUGCCUUAUAGUGAAUGCAAGUACCAGGAGAUGUUCCCGCCUGAAUCAAAAUUCGAUAUAGAUCCGGGAUUAGACAGGACGGUGAUCAAUUAUGCUAGGACUCAGGUCUCGUUUGCUAUUAUCAGUAUGUUUAUAAUGAUAAUGGGAUUCUGCUUCUCCAUCUACACGUUCCGCAACCCACGCUACAUGUUCAAACGGCUGGCCGGAGGAAUACAUUUCAUUAGUGCUGCUUGCAACAUGGUGGUAAUACAAGUACUCCUUUCUUCGGUCGAUUACGAAAGCACAAACGUUUACGAAACGUUCCCUAAGGGUGCGAUCAUGAGAUACGAUUUUUCUCUUAUCCUGGCAUGGAUCGUCUUCCUUUGCAACCUAAUCGCGGGAUGUGCCUUUAUGCUUUUCUCGAGGAAAAGGAAGAGGGACAAGGCGCCAACCGAGGAGAUCGCUAUGGCCGAUGAACCAACGAUAAUCGGUCGUUAGUCCCCUUCAUCCUCAUACGUAUGUAUAUGGUGUUCGUACAUAUAGGGUGUUUCAUUUAAUUCGACCAUUAGAAAUAUCGAGUUUCGUUCUCUUCAUUUUUUUCGUGAUACGAAAGAAACAAUAAAAAAAAAAAAGAAACAAAUAAUAAUUCAACAUUUAUUUCUUUCUUUCUUUUUUUUUUUUUU